AUGGGGCGCUGCCACCAGGUAUGCGCUCACAAGGGGCGCUGCCACCAGGUAUGCGCUCACAGGGGCGCUGCCACCAGGUAUGCGCUCACAGUGGGCGCUGCCACCAGGUAUGCGCUCACAGGCGCUGCCACCAGGGCACAGGGGCACAGGUAUGCGCUCACAGGGGCGCUGCCACCAGGCCCACUGGUGGCGGCGGCACUGGGCGAGCUGGGAGAGCUGCUGGCGCUGCUGCGAGUGUGGGGCAUCCACCCCGCGUGCACCACCAUUCGACGCCCUCAUGGCGCCCUCCCACCACUACUUCUCCAAAUGCUUCUUCCAGCACCCAGCGCACCACCCUGCCCUCUGAUGCUUCCUUGCCUGGCGCUCGCUCGCUCUCCGCCUCGCCCCCAUCCGGCCCUGGCCGCCCCGUGGUCGUCCUCGCCACCCCUCUGCGUGGCUGUGGGCGGCCGCUACGAUGCCCUGCUGCUCCACCUCUCCUCCGCUGCUGCCGCUGGGAGAGGAGCGACAUGGGUAGCUCCACUGCAACGUCCCCAUAUUCCCCUAUUCUUCUUUCUUCAUUCCCUGUUUGCAUGUUGUUCCUUCUCCUUGUUCUCGCCUAGCUCUCGGGCAAGAGGGGCAGGAGGCAGUGGGGGGGGCAGUGGGGGGGGGAGUGGGGCGGUGGGGUUCAGUGUGGCGCUGCACAAGCUCAUGGCGCCGUCACACCCAACCACCCACCACACUUCCAGGCAGGGCAGCGGUGGAUGUGCUCGUGUGCGCCAGGGGAGGGGCGGGGCUGCUCAGCGAGCGGAUGGAAGUUUCUGCGCGGCUGUGGGCGGCAGGAAUCAGGCGGAGUAUGUGAGUGUGCGGGCACCCAGCCUGACGGAGCAGUAUGAGCACGCACACGAGCACGGCAUCAAGUGGCUCGUGCUUCUCACCGAUGCCGGCCUGCACACCCACUCUGCCAAGGUACGGCAUCUAGAUUUGAAGACGGAGGAGGAAGUGAGCCUUGAUGAUUUGGUCAAGUUCUUCCUCGACGCCCUGCCGUUCUCUACCCACUUCUCGCCGCCGCGGGGCCACAGCACCAUCUGGUUCUGGCGCUGCUUGACUUCUGGCUCACCCAUAGUUUGA